CAAGUUACGUUAAGCUAGUAAAUUCAUUGUUACUUCGCAUUGGUGAAUCCUUGAGAACACUUUUAAGUUUUUAUAAUUGUUGGAAAACUGCUCUAAUGGUUUCGUUCUGUCCAUUCAAUCGAUGACAAGCGACUGUUUUCCUCCGUUGCUAAGGUAAACAAUUCGGGCGUCACUUUGCCUACGUCACGUUUUACUGAUUAUUGCAUCAGGUCAUCCAUUAUACUUUCAGGUUAUUCCUUUCUUACAUAUAUAUCAGCUUUGGAAAGGCGGUGUGAAAGUCCACAGAUAUUCAGCUGAUCCUCCUCUGCUGCGGACUUUGCACUUUUUUUUUUAUUUUUUUUUUUUUAUCACUCACUCUGUGAGUCUGUCGUGUAGCUCCGCUGUGACUGAGGAGGCGAGGAGGACGACGGUCCAACUGACACACGGAUCAUCUGAAGUCUAUUCCACAGACCAUGACAGAUGACAGGGAAGCACAGGAGGAUGAACUUCUUGCUCUGGCUAGUAUUUACUACCAAGAAUUCCAGAAGUUUGGAUCCAAAUCUGGGGGUGAAAUUCGAGCGUGUGUCGAGCUGCCUCAGGACUUCAAAGUGGCCAUCAGAACAGGAGAUAUUUAUAGAGAAUAUGCUGUGUCCUUCCUGCCUCCCCUGGUUUUGAACUUUGAGCUCCCAGUGGAUUAUCCUUCCAACUCUUCACCUGUGUUUAAACUCAACUGCAAAUGGCUCUCACCAAGCCAGCUGGAAGGUUUGCAGCAGCACCUUAAAGACUUGUGGGAGGAAGGCCAAGGCAGCGUGAUCCUCUUCUCCUGGAUCCAGUUCCUCAAAGAGGAACUUCUUAGCUUCCUCCAGAUACAGUCCCCACUGGAAGUCUAUGGAGAUAAUGAGACUAAGGAGAACUGCAGCGCUGAAAAGGUGCAUUUGGCCCAGGGAGACCCGCUGGGUCAAGAAGCCAGUUCUAUGUCCGACAUCCUGCUUGAGCUCCUGGACUUUGACGAGGCCGAGAGACAAAGAGCCUUUGACAACCAGGUGUUCUCUUGCGGCGUCUGCUUCUCGGAGAAGCUUGGAUCAGACUGCAUGUGUUUCCGGGACUGCGACCAUGUGUACUGCAGGGCCUGCCUGGCUGAGUUCAUAGCUUUACGGAUCAGAGACGGCCAGGUUAGGGAUCUCCAGUGCCCCCAUCAUAAGUGCUCUGCUACAGUCACACCCUCCCAGGUGAAGCAGCUGUUGAGCGAGGAGCUGUUCCUGCGCUACGACCGCUUGCUGCUCCAGUCUAGCCUGGACAAGAUGACUGACAUCACAUACUGCCCACGACAGACCUGUGCUGCACCCGUGCUCCUGGAGCACGAGGGCAAGGUGGCCCUGUGCCCUGUCUGUGCCUACGCCUUCUGCCCCCUCUGUAGAAGGGGCUAUCACGGGACAUCCGGCUGCAGAAGCAACAUACCGCAAAUAGAAGGCACCGAGGACGGCGCAUACGUGCAGACUCCUCAGAAAGGCGAGGGGCUCCAGGCCUUGUGGGAGGAUUAUGCCACAGGCAGCAAAGAGCGCAAGAAGGUCCUGGAGAAACGCUACGGAAAGGGGAUAUUUGAAAUGACGAUCUCAGACCACCUCAGCAGUGUCUGGAUAGGCGAGAACAGUAAAGAUUGUCCAGUUUGCAAGGCUCACAUACAGAAAAAUUACGGUUGUAACAGAAUGACCUGCAUCUCCUGCUCCAGCACAUUUUGCUGGAACUGCCUAACUGUACUCCAUAAUCGACAAUCCUGCUGCAAGUAGGAGCCCUGUCUCAGAACAUGCACACUGUAAACCAUAGUGCGACGGGUCACAUCGCUGGGUCACAGUGCAAUGGUCAUAGUGGUCACAGCCAGGGAAUGACCAGUCCCGUUUCUGCAUUUUUAGCAUGUCUGAACUUUGCAAGCUCUCAUUUUUGGUUGGACCGUUCAAAAAAAGGAACUGCAAUGAAGAGCAGUGUUCCCAUCAGUGCUGCAUCUUGCAUGAGUGCAAAAACAUCAAAACCUUUCACCAGAACUGCUUUUCCACGUAUUAGACUUUGCCAUGUGAGAAAUCAGUGCACCCAACGUUCUUUAUCUCAAUGCUACCCUUGCCAAAGACUGUUGGUGAGACACCAAGUAAUUAUAAACUUCUCAGGCAUAAGAUUACUUGGGUCUUUUGUCAUUCCUGAAAGUAAUCUUUGCUGUUUUUAUUUUGUUAAAUUAUUGUGUUGCAAACACUGUCCUGAAACCUGCUGGUCUUAGAGAAAAAGAUGACUGUCAUUAGGAUGACUGCCGAGAGUUGAUGUUCUGCAGAUUCAAAACAGAAUUUUGAUGCUCAUAAUUGUGCUUUUACAUAUUUUUAAAAAAACAAAACAAUUUAACUUUAAUUUGGAGUUCGAAAACUUUGUGAGGUGAAAAAUUCUAGUCUAAUCACAGCUAGUAUGUGAUUGCAUGUGAUUUGGGAUUAGUCUACAAAUAUAGUGUUGAAGCAUAACAUUAAAACAUGAACGUUAUAUUCACAGCAUUAAAUGACACAAAAUGGUCUGUAAGUUUGCAAAAUUAAUACUUGAACUUUUGUUUUAGUAUUAUGUUUUUUUUCAUAUCACAACCCUGAAUGCAAACAUUUUAAUAA